AUGAAUGGCGCGAAAAUGACUUUGGAAGACAAUUCUGCUCAGAACGCGAGCAAAAUAAGCUCAACGAUUGAAAAGGUAAAACAAAUUUGCGAAAAAGAAAAGUCUACAAUCUUGACUUUGAUGCAAUCAGACAUGGAAAAGAUUGCUAUAGGUUCCUCUUCAAUGUGGGUUCAAGAUUUCGAAAAGUUUACUGAGGAAAUAUUAUACAAAACUGAAGAAACUUUAUCUGAACCUAGUAAAAUUCAGUCAAAACUCGAAGAAUGCAAAAAAUUCCUUUCUACAAAAAUUGAGCAGCAGCUCUACCGAUAUGGAAUGAAGAGUACGUCAGCAAGCCUAGAUGACCUUUAUCGUCUGGUAAGUUUUAAUAAAAGACAGUCGAGAAUAACCCUCUUUAAAACUUUCUUUAAGAAGCGUUCUUGGAGAAAUUUUUUGGAGCUCUUGUCGAUUGACGGCUCCAUAAAUAUAUUUGAGAAAGAGCCUCAAAGGAGGUCUGUCCUUCUGGCAAGCUGCGACUGAAG